CGCUGGGUCCGGCGGGAUGGCGGCGCGGAGGGCGGCACGGCGGGACCAGGAGCCGGACCCCGACCCCGACUGGGCCGGGAUGGCGGGGCUCCCUGAGAAGACCAUGAAUGGCUGGGUCCUGCAGUUCUAUUUCCACCGGGCCAUAGAGGCCUACCGCUCCGGGCGCAACCGUGAUUUUCGCCAAUUCCGCGACAUCAUGCAGGCGCUGCUCGUGCGGCCCCUGAACAGGGAGCCGGAGAUGGCGCAGAUGCUCCGGAUAAUGCAGCUGCUGUCGCGGGUUGAGGAGGGCGAGAACCUCGGGAGGCGCCGUGACCCCCCCCCAAAAGUAUGGAUGCCAAUUCUUAUAGAUUGCACCUUCGACAAGGAGUCAGAGCUGACCCCACUGGAGUCGGCCAUGCUUGUCCUGGACUUCAUCCGGGAGGAAUUCUCUGUGGCGGACAAGACAAUGGAGGCUGUGCAGAAAAUGGUGAAGGAAGCUGCUGUUGUUGUUUGUAUCAGAAACAAGGAGUUUGAAAAAGCUUCUGAUAUCGUCAAGAAGCACAUGGGGAAAGAGCCCAGAAACCAAAAGAAGAGAAAUGAGUGGCUGGCUGUCAUCCGGGACAAGAAUCCCUCUCAUCCAAAGGUCAAGAACUUCUCCUACGAGGAUUUCCAGCAGAGCAUCUUUGAGUUCCUGAAGGGCUACAUGGACGACUCGGAGCCAGCGCUGCUCACAUUAUUGAAGAAGACCUUGAAUUCGGAACAUGUUGACAAAGCAAAACCCUCGCUGGAGGCUUCAGAGUUUGCAGAUGGGCUGAAGGACCAGGCAGCAGCUCCAGAGGCCUUGGGAAGGGCAGAGAGCCCAGCCAAAGCUCCAGAGCAUGCAGGAGACACAGAAGACCUGGAGGGAGCUGCCAGCCCUGCAGAAAGGGCAGCUGGUCCCACAGCAGCUCCAGAGAUUAUGGAAGAAGCCAGUGGCCCUGCAGCAACUACAGAAUCUAUGGAAGUUGUCACUGACCCAGCAGCAACACCUGACCAUUUAACAGCAGCAUAUGAUACCCCGAAGGGCACUCCAGAGUCUAUGGAAACAGCUAAAGAACCAGCUGCAGCUACCCCAGAACUCCCCAGAGUGUCCACCAGGGAACCACAAAGGCAGCCCCCCGGAGCUGUAACCUCGUGUGGGAUUUCUGUUCUGAGAGAAGCUUUCAAGAUGCUGUCGGACUCCGGGGACCCAGACGUGCUUUUCACCAAACUGGACGAAACAGACUUGCCUUCCCCCAAGCAACUGUCUCCUUCUGUAUCCCACAGAACCAAGAGGCGCAGAGAAGCAGAGACUCAAGCUUCUGAGACCUCAGAGCCUCCUGAAAUGUCCCGUAACGUCAAAAACUUGUUCAGCAUAAGCAAUCUGAUCGUGGACUUGGACGGCUCCUCCAGCAAGUCGAGCGAGUGCCCUGACUCUUCCCAGGAGCACGUGGUCUCUUCCGCUUCCAAAGCUGCUCCGAAAUUGCCUGAUGAGCCCUUGUCUGCCCAGAGUGAGAAGUCCAUCCAAGGAAGGUGGAACAGUUCCUGUGGCACGGAGGAGAAGGACAUUUGGAGUGAUGAGGAUGAGCUCUUUGCAAAUGCAGCGUCACAUGAAAAAAGCAAUGUCUCCAAAAACAGCUCCAAGAAACAGAAGUGGACCGUGCAGGAGAGCGAGUGGAUCAAGGAAGGGGUGCAGAAGUACGGAGAAGGGAGGUGGAAAUCCAUUUGCCUCAAGUACCCCUUCCAGAACCGCACCGCAGUGAUGAUCAAGGAUCGCUGGCGGACCAUGAAGAAACUGGGAAUGCUCUGAAAGGAGCCACGGGACUUUCUUUUUAUUAUUUUCUUUUUGGUUUUUGGACCUCAGUUUGUUUUUUGGAAGCUGGAACACAGUGUUGUCUAUGCCAGUGUGGGAAGACCCUGUGGCACCAAAACCAUGACUGACAGGAAUCCAGUGCUCCAGCUGUAUCUGCAAAGAUCAGUGUGCUGCAGAUGGCAGGAGCUGUGCAGCCUCUCAGUGUAAACUUAGAACCACUUGUCUUGAGACUUUGUUGUCCACCUGACCACUGCAGCCUCUGGAAUGAAUCCCAGCUGUUUGCUCAGGUGUGAUCAGUAGGAUAAUCUCAUAGGUCACUAGUUUUUUUGUGUUCUAGUUGUCUGUUCUCUGAAUCACUUGCUUAAUCUGUUUGCCAUCACUCCCUUGUGGAAGAGAGGCAGCACUGAGUCCCAGAGCUUGUGGGGAAGGGAUCCAGGCAAGAGGAUCAACUUGGAAAUUUUUUUUCCCCAUUAUUUUCUGAUUUGUAAAUGACUAAUCUGUGAGGAGCUCUGAAGCUUUAAAAAUUAAACUUAUUUUGUAUUUCAGCACUUCAAACUCUUGUUUCCAUGCUAGAAAAUUUAGUGUUGUCUGACUUUGGUCAUGUUUUCUUUGCACUUUCCUGGUACUAUCCUUGCUGUGUGUGAGCUCCAAGGGUUCCACGUGUUCCUGCCUUCAAGUGCCAAAGCUGGAACACUCAUUUGUAAAAUAAAGUUCCUUUCUUGUUUAAUAGCA